AUUGUGCGGAAAUGGAAGUUCCACCUGCUUUUUGGUUUAGUCCAUAUAUUUAAUCAUUGUGAAGCUAUGACGAUAACUGAUGAUUAAUUUAUCCCUUAUGAUCGGCCAAAUGAUAUGCCAAUUUUCUUGUUUGUUUUUCCCUUUCAGAGCUAAGUACAAACUAAUUAGGAGUUAUCGUAAGAAAGAAAUAAGAGUUAUCCUAAGAUGUUAACUCGACUAAAUCAACACACCCCUUAUCUAUAUAUAUAUCUGCAUAAGUCACAAGAAGUUUCAUAAAAUAGUAAUUCCCUUAAUAAAAAUAGUAUAUAUAAAACAUAAAGAAAAAAAUAUGAGCACACUUCUUGGUUGUCUUGUCCUCAUAUUCUCUAUGGUCGCACAGGCCUCAUCCGCCAGUCUUACGGUGAACUGGUCCCUUGGCACCGACUACACUCCGCUCACCACUGGAAAGACCUUCUCUGUCGGCGAUACCAUAGUGUUCAAUUAUGGUGCGGGUCACACGGUGGAUGAAGUGAGCGAGAACGACUACAAGAGUUGCACUCUAGGGAACUCCAUUACGUCCGACAGCAGCGGAACCACGACCAUAGCUCUCACGACCACUGGUCCUCGCUACUUCAUCUGUGGAAUCCCCGGCCAUUGCGCUGCCGGUAUGAAGCUCGCAGUCACCGUCGCGUCGAACUCUUCAAACGGUGUAGCUGGUGGCACCACUACACCAACCCCAUUCACCGGAGGUGGUGGUGGUUACAAUCCCACGACCACACAGGCCAUUCCUUGUGCGGCUUGGGCCGUGUCCUGUCCAUUACGGGCUUUGGUUGCUACUUGGGCCGUUGUUUUUUAUGCUUUGGCUUUGUCUUAGUUGAAAUUGUGUGGUCUGUAUGUUAGUAUUUUUAAACGAUACUAAAAUAGUAAAUUUGAACCCAACAAAAGGAAGAGAUUGCCAUGUGUCUCUACGAGUGUAUGAUAAUCGUAAAGCAUCAGAUCCACCGUCUCUCACCUAAUUAGUUGGAGCCCGCAAAACCUCUCGUCACAUCUAAGCCGUCCAUUUGAAUAAAACAUUGUAACCACUCUAGAUCUCCACUCGAGCCGACGUAACAACAGAAUAAAUAUUGUUUGUU